AUGGAAAGAAAACUCUCAUACAAGAAAAGACUCCGAGGGUUGUUGAAAAAAGCAGAAGAACUCAGCACUCUUUGUGACAUUGAAAUGGCUCUCAUCGUAUACAGUGCUUAUAGUGAUGAACCUAAGGUGUUUCCCAAUCAUGUUGCAGCAAUCAACACUUUUCAAAAGUUUAAAGAAUUGGAAGCAUUGGAGAGAUCCAAAAAUAUGGUCACAAAGGAAGAAUUCACCAAGAAAAGAAUCAAGAAGUUGCAAAAAAAACUACUAAAGAUAAGAAAGGAAAAUAGGAUCAAGGAAAUUACAAAUGAGAUGCAUGAAGUGUUGAAUGGAAAAAUUAUUUCCAUUGACAUGAAUCUUUUCUAUCUCAACGAUCUAAGUUACGUUAUUAAGAAGAACCUGCUAUUAAUACGUAAAACAAUGAAAAAGAAUGAUGGUGACGAGGGGUCUACAUCAAAUGUCCCUCAAUCAACUCCUUCAAUAACAAUGACAUCUAUGAUGUCUUCCCCAAUUAUAGAUCCUCCAUUUACUGCUAUGACACCACAAAUGGAUCCUGUAGCUGAGAUCCCCUCAAUGGGUGCAUCAAUUCAAAUGAAUAACUACCAGAACUCUACUGACAUUCCACAAAGUCCAUCAUUUACUGAUUUACUUAAUUUGAAUGAUGAUGAUGUUAUCACUUUGUUGGAUGACCUUUCACUAAACAAUGCUAAUGACCAAGAUUCAAACCCCUCCAAUAACAAAUAA